AUGCCCAAAGUCUUCCUCAUCACAGGAACCUCAACUGGUUUCGGCAAUGGCCUGGUCCAAGAGGUACUGAAUCGUGAGUCUAUCAAAGGUGCUUUCGCUCAGGCUGUCAAGCAUUUUGGAAGAAUUGACGUGGUUGUGAAUAACGCAGGUUACGGCCUCACGGGAUGUUUUGAAGAGUAUACCGACGAUCAGAUCCGAAUGCAGAUGGAAGUCAACUUUUUCGGCCUUGUCAACGUCACCCGGGAAGCCAUGGCCACCAUGAGAGCCCAAAAGCCUAGCGGUGGCGUAAUCCAACAAGUCACAAGCAUAGGCGGGCAACGCGGAGCCGCAUGCUUCAGCCUAUACGCUGCAAGCAAAUGGGCACUUGAAGGGUUCACUCAGUCUCUUUCAAAGGAGGUGAAGCCCGAAUGGGGAAUCAAAUUUACUUGUGUCGAACCAGGCGGUUCCAGAACGGAUUUGGCCGGUCGCUCAAUGGCUUUUACCGACCGCCAUCCAGCCUAUGACCACAUGGAUGCCAAAGGAAUGAUGAUGUUCCGCAAUGGAACUCAGCCUGGCGACCCACAGAAGGCUGCAAGAGCAUUUUACGACCUGGCUAUGAUGGACAAGCCACCCUUGAGAAUCUUGCUCGGUACAGAUGCCUAUCCAGCUAUCCUGGCCAGGCUGGAUGAGGAACGAGAAAACUUCAUGAAGUACGAAACGCUCAGCUUGAGUACGGAUGUGUAG